AGCGGGAGCGCCACACCCCCCUCGCCGCAGCCGCGCAGCCGAUGGCAGCGUCCUCUCCCGCCGCCGCCGUGGGCUCGGAGCUGCCGCCGGAGCCGGGCGGUAGCGGGGGCCCUGGCGAGGGAGCGGACGAAGAGCGGGAGCUGCUGCUGGCGCGGCUGGUGCCCGCGAGCCGCCUGAAGGAAGCGGUGGGCGCGUCCCUGGCGUCGCUGUGCCUCGGCCCCCUCGGCGGAACCCAGCGCCUCGGGACCCUCGUGGACUGCCUGGUGCUGAACUAUCGCCUGCGGCAAGGGCCGGGCCGGGGCCGGGAGCGCGGGACCGAGGGGCCGCUGCGCUGCUGCGGCUGCGGGAGGUUCCUGGGCGAGCCGGUGACCGUCCCGUGCGGGCACACCUACUGCCGCCGCUGCCUCCGCAGGGAGCUGCGGGCCCGCUGCCGCCGCUGCCGGGACUGGCUGCUGCCGGCGGGGGGCACCAGCACGGCUGCGGCCCCGCUGCGCACCAGCGUCGUCCUCAACCGUCUGGCGGAGAAGUGGUUCCCGGGCGAGUGCGAAAGGGCGAGGGCCGGGACCCGGCUGGAGGAGCUGCUGGCCCAGGGCCGCUUCCGAGAGGCGCUGGGCGCCGUCAACCAGGCUCUGCGAGCAGAUUCCAGUGACUUGAUGCUUAGAAUUUACAGAGCUGAGUCAUAUGUUGGCCUCCAAGAAUAUAAAACAGCCAUAGAAGAUCUAAAUUUUGUUAUUUCUAAAAUGCCAAAUUGGCCAGAGGUCUAUUUCCAGAAAGGAAAAGUGCUGCAUGACUCUGGCUUUGUAGGUGAUGCCUUACAACUGUUUCUACAGUGCUUAGCCCUUGAUGAGGACUUUCUUCCAGCCAAGCUAGAAGUAGAAAAGACAUUGUGUGAUGUUUUGUCACCAGAGAAGCUAGGUGAGAGUCUGAAGAGAGAAUCUGCUUGGAAUUCACCCCAUAUUAGAAAUAAACCUUUUAUGCUUGGUUCUGACAUGACUGCAUCGUACUGCAACUUACAGCUUUGUCCUCAGCAGAGUUUAGGAGGAUCAGAUGUACUGGAGCCUGUGAGUGGAGGCUUAAAUCGUGCACAGUCUGCCCAUGCUCUUAACUCAACAAAAGACCUUGCCAAGGAAGAUGGCUUAAAGAGAGUGUCUUCUGAACCCCUUCUCUCUGGCCAAGGAAAAGGUGCUUUGUUAAAAAGAAAGCUUUCCUUUUCAGAACAGGAUACAGUUGUAUGUGAAGAUGGAAGAAACAAACAUAAAAAGCAAGGAGAAAGUACAAAAAGGGACAUGACACUGGCUUUUGGAACAAUUCCAAGGGAUUUGAUUGAUGUAUCAGAUUUUGAGUGCUCUCUAUGUAUGAGGCUAUUCUUUGAGCCAGUAACAACCCCUUGUGGACAUACUUUUUGCAAAGGUUGUUUGGAACGGUGUUUAGAUCAUGCUCCACAGUGUCCACUCUGUAAGGAGAGCUUGAAAGAGUACCUUGCAAGCAGAAAAUAUAGUAUCACAGAACUGCUGGAGGAAUUAAUAAUGAAGUAUUUGUCUGAUGAAUUAUUUGAGAGAAAAAGAAUUCAUGCUGAAGAAACAGCUGAACACUCCAACUUGACCAAGAAUGUUCCAAUGUUUGUUUGCACUAUGGCAUAUCCUACUGUGCCUUGCCCUCUACAUGUAUUUGAGCCAAGAUACCGACUCAUGAUUCGCAGGAGUAUGGAAACUGGAACCAAACAGUUUGGGAUGUGCAUAAGUGAUUCUCAAAAUGGUUUUGCAGAUUAUGGUUGCAUGCUGCAAAUUAGAAAUGUUCAUUUUCUACCUGAUGGUCGGUCUGUUGUUGAUACAAUUGGUGGCAAAAGAUUUAGAGUUUUACGGAGAGGGAUGAAAGAUGGAUAUUGCACUGCAGACAUUGAAUACUUGGAAGAUGUCAAGGUUGCUAAUGAAGAAGAACUAAAAAAAUUGAAAGAGCUUCACAAUUUUGUUUACAAUCAGGCCUGCAGUUGGUUCCAAAACUUAAGAAACAAAUUUCGUACUCAAAUUCUUCAGCACUUCGGACCAAUGCCUGACAGGGAGGAAAAUAUACAGGCAAUGCCCAAUGGUCCUGCUUGGUGUUGGUGGCUUCUAGCUGUUCUCCCAGUAGACCCCAGAUACCAGCUGUCAGUUCUCUCCAUGAUGUCUUUAAAAGACCGUCUGAUCAAAAUCCAACAUAUACUCACAUAUUUUUCUAGAGACCAGUCCAAGUGACUAACUGCCCGGGUCUUCCUGAAAAGUUACUCUGUUCUGGUUGUAGUAGCAGCUGGAAUUUUUGCUGCCUUUGCACAUCUAGCACUGGUUUGAGAAGUGUAAUGGAACUGUUUUUUCUCUCCUUUCUACCCUCCUGGCUUCCUGAACCACAUGGUUCAUUGAAUGCACACUUUCUUCAACUACGAGAGAAGACCACUGACAAUUGCACAAAGUCAAUCCAGCUAGAUAUGUUUUUCACGUUAUCUWCAUUAAAAUUUGCACUAUGUAGAAAAGAACCUUUUUGAGACUUGAUCAUUUUAGCAAUUGACUUUUCUAAGCUGUGGAAGUGCAGGAUUUAAGGCUGACAGUCCAAGUUUACAACAUUGAGGAGGUAAUAAAGGUUUUGCAAAUGUUUGCCUCAUGCAACUGUUCUUUUGCUGUUUGCACAAAUAUUUGAAAAAUAGUAUUGAAUGUCACAGUUGGAUAUUACUACUCUUGUUUCAUUAUCUUGACCAUUAGUAUGGCACAGGUUGUUUUAAGUUGUCUUGUAAAUGUAUGCAUCGCAAAACAGGUGACAUGAACUGUAUGCUGAACUGGGAGCCAACUUUUAAGGAACAAAUGCAGAAACAAAAGGUACUUCUGUCUAAAAAUACUUAAACUGUGAAUAUGGUUUACAUACCUAGGCCUGUACAUGUUAAAGAGGAAACUGAAAUCUAAAUGCUAGUACCAGUUACAUUUCUACUGGGCUUUCGAGGCUGUUCUUCYAGAGCACACACUUAGUUUGUAGAGCUUAGAAGAAGAAAUCUUAGAGUGUGCGUGCGUGUGUCUAUCGGGGAUUGUGCAUCCAGGAUUCAAAAGCUUAAAGUUUUAUUUCAACUUUUUAAGUUGGUGCAAAUGUGAGUUCUAUGCCUUAUUCAUAUCAAUAGUAGAGCACACUGCAGUGGCAAGGUUAGCAUCAUGCUGCCAAUAGGYACUUUUUGUAAUUAAAGGUUUGCAUAUUUGUGAAUAUGUCUGAUACUGGCUUUCUUGUAUGUAAAUCAUUUGUAAAAUAUUUCUUAAAUCUUGCUUUUGCUAAUAUAUUUAAUUUUCAAUAAAAGCUGAAAGUUUGUAAUAUUUUUAACUUUGUCAGAAACUAAAAAUCACUUUUCUUUUCCGUAUGCUUCUGUUCUGGGAUCUUAAGUAAAUCCAGAAGCUGCUGUUUAACCUACAUUAAGGUUGUGAGCAAUACAUGACAUAACGGRUAUGUACAUAAUCUGCUUCUGACCAUAGAACCUCUCUCAGACUAAUUAUUGGUCAGACAAGUUUUUUCCUGGUGUCCUGCUUUCCUGUCUACUUUGUUUAAAUCAGGUAAGAAGUUUGCAUUUUGCAGAACUUAGAAAGUGUAGGAAACUGUCCUUGCAGAGCAGUGAGGUAUUUCACUGACUUGCUAGUCACAUACUUUGGCCCUGUUCUCUUUCGGAGUUCAAGGCUGGAGAUAUUACAGGCAGCCUGAAAUCUGCUGGGUCAUCUUUUAAUGUCCGUUUCUGUCUAGGGUAAAUUUCCCCUUUAAGGUAUGACAAACUCCUGGAUGAAUAUUUGGAAAGCUUUAUUUGCAUAAUAAAAGAAGAAAGAGAAUCCUCUACUUUUCGUCUUCCAUAUGCUAUAACCUUAGAAACAUGUUUGUAUCAGCAUGAUCUUCUUAAGAAUGCAGGUGGCAGGAUUUUUUUCCCUUUGCAGUGAAAAGUCCCUGUAGCCAGGAUUGAAAUACCCAAAUAAACCAGUCGUAWUUUUUUUUUUUCUUGCCUAGAGCUUGAGUUUGAAAUUGAUUAUUCCCUACUCUGCUGAAAGAUGUGGCUUUUAAGUGUUUCUAUACACUGCCAUGACUUUUUAAUACAGUAAAAAUUCAAGUGUCAAUUGGAUUGCACUUUCCUGUGCAUAAAUGAGUUUUACUUACAGAAUUGUAUAAACUAUGUAAGGCAAAACUUUACUGAAAAAAAACAACAAUAUAAAAGGCAAAGUUACUGUGUUUAACAAAUACUGCAUUAAGGCUAAUUUUAAGUACUACUUUUCAGUAACUGUUCCACAGACGUGAUUAUUGUAGGUGCUGUUGGAAAAGAUAGAAAAUUGAGAUUGAGGGUGAAAGACUUCUAAGAGGUUUCUCAAAUUGGAUUUUUUUUAAGUGAAUAUGCAUAUUCACUUUGUGUACUAGAUUUUUUGUUGCUUUGUGCCGUUACAGUGAGGCAGAACAAYGAACUCCACUGAAUGUUUGCAAAUCCCUUUCUGUAAAUAGGUUAUAGAGAGUUCCCUGCCGUCCUUUGUACAUUGUAUUUUGAAUGUGGGGAGUACUUUCUUAUUCCUACASUUAUUUUUUUAAAUUUUCUUCCCCUUCCUCAUCACACAGCAUGGGUUCUUUAGCUAUCAAACAAUAAACCUAAAUGGAAUACAAGCAAUCUAGACAGGAGCAAAAGGGAAAAGGGGAAAGCUCACUUACUGUGUAGGCAAGGUACAACAUCAUUAAUGAUUAGUCUUACCUGAUGAUGAGCAACAGUCAACAAAAUAGUUGACCUCUCAUUUUUUGUCAGACUUAAGGGGCAGCACCUUUGCUGGGCAGCACCCCUGGACCAGUCAGCAAGAGCCACCCCAAAUUAUUGUUGAGGCACCUUAUUUACGAGAUUUUGCUGCCUUUGUUCAGUCAUAAGAUUGACAAGUUGAUGUGGAAAUGUUAUUUAUGUAAGUAUGAGAACAAAACUAGAUGUAUUUCAAGAGAUUGGUGAUCCAUAAGUAGCUAUGCAGUGAAUCGGAUGUGUGUGUAUGUUCAUAUGAGAGAGCUCAUAAAAAUGAUGGAGUGGAGUCACCAUACUCAGACAUAUCUGCCUGGAAGUGAUGUGUAUUUUUCAAAAYUUACUGGCAAGGACCUCUUCCCAGUUUUGCCAGAGAUCUCACUGAAAUUCUUAAUUUAUGAUUAAUAUUCACCUCUAUACUUGUUACUCUUAUCAGUAGCAUUUCUUGUGACAGCUUGCUGCCCUAGGUAAGCACCAAUGAACGUUAGGUUUAGAAACUUCACUUUUCUUAGUAGGAAAUGGCAACUUCAUGUUUCUCCAUUUAACUGGAUUUUUCUUUUGGCAAAUAUUUGUCACAUUCAUUCUAGGAAAUUGUUUCUCUGUGGGCCUUUUACUGGUCCUAAGUUUUUUUAAGGAUAAUGUUCGCGGAUGACUGUAAGAUAUGUUGAGGGGAGUAAAAUUAGAAGUGAUGCUAGAACAUCAUUGGAGAAAUGUUUGGUCUGAACCCCAUGACAGAUGAGGCUGGAUUCAAACACUGCUAAAUGCUUUACAAGACUUGGUCACCUUUCUGGUUUUUUUAAGUGAUCUAGCCCAUUCCUUUGCACUCUGCAUCAGUAUGUGUGGGGUGAMGUAAAUAUCUGCCAGAUACUCAGAUUUUGCUUCAGGCUCACUUGCAUUAAUUCCAGAUGAGACAAGGUAGAGUUACCUGCACAACUGAGUCUCCUGGACAGCAGCACAAGGGAGCUCCACAGUACAAGGCUCUGCUCACUUGGCAUUGGGGCAGGGACAGUUCCCAGAGUGAACAGUUGUGUUUGGGUACUGUCAGGAGCAGUAGACAAACCACAUCUGCCUGGCCUGCACCUCACCAAGGCUGAGAUGUUUGUUUCAAUACUGACUUUGACUGUAAAAACCUGGAUUUUUUAUGGGAAGGUGGUUUUCCGCUUAGCAGAUGAAAUACCUGUUUAGGGAAGAUAAGUAUCCAUGCCACUUGAUAUCACACUGAAAUCCAUCCAUUAUCCUUUCAUUUGGGUGCUUUUCUACAAUUAAACAAAAAAAAAAAAACCUAAAGCUGCAAAAUGUUUAAUGAUAGGAUUUAAGAUAUUCUGAGGCCUUUACCAAAACAAAAUGAAGAGUCCACUAAGCGUUGAUUUUUGUUAAGUUACACUUUCCUGUAUGCUCAUGACUGCAACUGUUUUUACAAGCAAAGGCCAAUAACAGGAUUUCACUAUGGAUUUUAAAAAAAUAGUAACACUCUUGAUAGUAGAAGUGACAUAGUUCAAUUGCAGUCAGAAAUGCUUUUGUGCUAGACAGGCUCUCUAGCACAAAAAGUUUGAGUGUUAGAGAAAAGGCAGUUCAUAAAGAAGUCUUAGCAAUUCCAAUUGAGGGGUUUGGUUUUGUUUGCUGAGUUGGAAGGAUGUCCUAUAUUGGAAAUAACUUUUAAAGCAUACUGAAAAUGAACCUGUACUAGAUAUGAAACUGACCAUUUAGUAGAUGUUUAGUGUGUUAGAAAAAGGAAGUGAUGUAAUAGGAAAUGAUGUAAUGGGAAACUGGAGGCUGUGCCAUAUUAAGACGAAUGCAGUCACUUUCCAAUCCAAAUAA